AUGUUACGACCUCCUCCAUCUGAGAUUCUUUAUGAAAUUUUUAAACAUUUUGAAAAUGACCCAGAUUAUUUACAUUCAUGUGUUCUAGUUAAUCGCGCUUGGUGCGCGAAUGCUGUUCAAAUAUUAUGGAAUAAACCUUUUCAUCUUUUACUUAGCAGAAAUCUUGAUUCUUCUCAUUAUUUAAUUUCGACUUACUUAUCCUGCUUAAGUCCUGAUGAAAGACAUAAUCUUGAUUUACUUACUUUUCCUCAAACUUACUCUCUUUCUUCUUCAUUUUCUUUCAUCAUUUCUAAAAGUUAUUCAUCUCCAACUUUUAGUUAUCCAUCUUUCUUGAGACAUCUUGCUUAUUACCCUUUAGCAGCUUCUGUUCAAGAUUGGUGUAUUAUUAAUAAUCUAAAUACUUCCGAAAAUAAUCCUAUAAUGCAAAAAAUUAUACAUGCUUUGUUUCGUUUAUUUGCUAAAUACUCUCCCGGUCUUGAUUCUCUUUCAUUCGUUAUGGAUAUGGAUAUUGAUAUUAAACAUGGUUUAAAUUAUUUUGAUCUUAAAUUAAAUUAUCAUGUUUCAACUUUACGCGAUCAAAGUGUUCGUAAAUGGGUGGGUUCUGUUAAAGAAAUCGAAGUUGCUGGUGAUUUUGCUUAUGAUCAAGAUUUUACAACAUUAAUGCAAAUUUGUCGACAUCUUAAAAAGAUGGAAGUCAGACUACCUGAAUUCGAAUAUCGAGAAGACGAUGAUCAUUAUGACACCAGUGCUGUACUAUCCGCUCGUUUUAUUGAAUCUCAAUUCGAAUUAAAACAUUUCUGUUUACGCGAAUGUCAUUAUCCUCAAGCUUUAGGAAUCGCACUUUUACGUCAAAAAAACACAUUACGUCACAUAAAAUUUCGUGAUAUAGUGUUUGAUAAAUCAUGUCCAUUAGAUUGGUUACCAAUUUGUCAAAAUUUAGAAAUUUUAGAAUUUAUUGAUUCAGAAAGUUUGAUACCUAACGUUUUGGAUCCACUUAGAUUAGCUCCACUUACUAACCUUAGGUCCAUAACCUUUAAGGAAGAUCCAGUACCAGCAGAAACUUUACAAUCUUUAAUUUUAGCCAGUCAACAAAAUCUUGAAGAAAUACUUUUUGGUUGGCCUGAAGAUUGUAGACAAGAAGGUUAUGCACAAAUAUUAAAUUCUAUCUCUAUGAAUUGUCCUAACCUUGUACGACUUGGAGCCAUGAUCGGAUCAAAUGAAAUUGGUGAAUUAUUUGGAAUUUUAAAUAAUUGCAAAAAAUUAAAGACUUUAUAUAUUUAUGGUAAUGGAAGAUCUUUUGAUCUUAACAAUAUUUUACCAGAAAUUGGAAAAUUUUUACCUAGUACUUUGAUAGAAUUAAAUAUUUCUGCUAGAUGGAGAUUUGGACCUGAUAGUUUAAAACAAUUUUUAAAAAAUUGUUGUAUAUCUUUUGAUAAACGAGAAAAGGCGGUUCCAUUGAAAAGAUUAGUUAUAAGAAUUUGUGAUUUUAUUAAUGAUGAACAUCUUAGAAUUUUAGUUAGACAUUCCAUGAAAUCUUUAAAAUUUAUUACUUUAUGGCAUAAGAAAUUCUUCGUUAAUGAGGCUGGAAUCGAUAAAGCCAGUCAAUGGUUGAGAAAAUCAGUGAUCUAA